AUGUAUUCUUCUUGUGUUUGUGUUAAAUUUUUUGUGCAAUUACACCAACGUUUAUUGUUUUGGAUAAAUAAAACAGAGGAACAAAAGAGUAAUAAUUACAAUAGUAAUGUGAUAAUUAUUGAUAAUACAACAACAAAAUCACGUAUUAAUAUUGAUUGGGAUAUUAAUGAUACAUCGGUACCAUUAACAACAAUUUUUGAUGAUUUUUGUGAAUGGUCAAAUGGUCAUUGCCGUUUAAUAUAUUCAUCAUUAAAUGAUGAUGCUAAAAAACAUUCAUCUGGUUGGGCAAUGCGUAAUACAAAUAAUCAUAAUGUUAAUAUAUUAAAAAAAAGUUGUUUAGGUGUAUUAUUAUGUUCAGCAAAAUGUAAAUUACCAAAUGGUGAAAGAGUACAUUUAAGACCAGCAAUAUGUGAUAAAGCAAGAAGAAAACAACAAGGAAAAAAUUGUCCAAAUAGAAAUUGUACUGGACGCUUAGUUAUACAACCAUGUCGUGGUCAUUGUGGUUAUCCGGUAACACAUUUUUGGCGACAAGCUGGUAAUGCAAUUUUUUUUCAAGCUAAAGGUACACAUGAUCAUCCAAGACCUGAAGCAAAAGGAUCAUCAGAAUCAAGAAGAAUAUUAGGAUUAACUGGUCGUCGUGUUAGAAGUUUAGCUGUAUUAUUAGCACAAGAUUCAGCAAUAAAUAAUAAAAUACGUAGUUUGAGAGGACCAAAUAAACGUAAUAAAAAAAUUCAGAAUGAAUUGCAAAUACAAAAUUAUGUUUAUGUCCAACACAAUCAAUGUGUAUUUCAACAAAAUCAACAAUCUAAUAAUAAUUUAUUAAAUUUAGAUACAAAUUUAACAUCCGUCCAAACAUCAUCAACUAAUUCUAUACCAAAUUAUAUUAAUCAUAAUUCAAUUAACACUACAAGUAAUUAUUAUCACAAUCAGCAGCAUGAGCAUAAUCAACUUCAACAACAAUCAAGUCAACAGUCUUCUGAUAACAAUUAUGGAAAUAAUGAAAACUUUUAUUAUAAUAAUAAUGACUUAUUAAGUCAUACAGCAUCAACACCAGCAACGUCAUCAAAUUUAUCAAAUUUAAACAAAUGUUUAUCUGGAAUUAAUGUUGAAGAAAAUUCUCCUUUAAUUACAAUAAGACCAUCAGUAGAGGAUUCAAAUAAUUUUAUAACAUUGAAUUCAAAUCGUAAUUUAUCAAAUCAUAUUUCUAUGAAAUAUGAAAGUUAUGAUGAUAAUUCUAGUUUAACAAGUAAUUCUAGUAUAUAUGAUGAUGUAUUUUAUCAAGGAGUUACAAAAACAACAAAUACAACAAUAGAAUCAACAGCAGGAUAUAAUAAUCCUAAAAAUAUUAUAAAUUGUAAUAAUGGAAAUUGCGAUAAUUUAUGUAAUCAAAAUUUUAUACAACAACAAUAUGAAUAUAAUUUAUCGUCUAUGUCACCGUCGACAUCAUCAACAACUUUAUUACAUAAUGAUUCAAUUUACAACAAUAAUAAUUAUGAUCAUAUUAAUUAUAAUUCAUCAUCAGCUUCAUCUAGUCCUGAAUAUUAUUAUAGUAAUUCAGGUAGAAAUAAUAUAUGGAAUAUACAAAUGGAUACACAAUCAAAUUCAAAUGGAAAUACAUUAUCAUCAUCGGGAUCAUGUAAUAAUAAUAUUAAUAAUAGUAAUAAUGAUUACCAACAUUCGACAACUUUAUCACAAUUUGCAGAUGUCGGAAUUAAUGUAUUUUAA